AUGAGAGAGAGUAGCCAUAGACCUCUCAUAUUUGGAACCCCUUUCCUGUCUACUGUGGGUGCCAUAUUUGAUUUCCCCAAUCAAAGAAUCUCUUUCAACAAGGUGAACAAGGGUAUGUUCUUCCCUAUGUGUUCAACAAAGAACUCUUUUGUUGACAUGGUCCAAGAGGAGAAAGUUACUUUGAAGCCACCCCAAGAAGGAGAAACUGAAGAUACAUCAAGGAAGAUCCCAUUCCUAAGCCCAAGCAGCUUGCCACACAAGCAAGGAGUAAGACUAAGGCCCCUACACCAAAACCGCCCAAGGGAUCAUCCAAGAUUGAAGAUGAGGCCAAGCCAAGAAGAAGGUUAG